AAAGCACUCUAACCCAACCAAACCCAACCCAACCCAAGAAAAUGGGUUUCACCGGAGAAGAAUCAAACCACGAUCCAGAAUCAGAAUCCUCCACCCUCCUCCUCCACGACCCACCGCGAACCACCACCAUCACCGCAAAAUCUCCACCGAAAGACGAUUACCACUUGGCAUAUAUCAUCUACUUCUCCCUCGGAUUCGGUUACCUCCUUCCAUGGAACGCAUUCAUCACAGCCGUUGAUUACUUCUCCUAUCUCUACCCCGAUGCCAGCGUUGACCGAGUCUUCGCCGUCGUCUACAUGCUCGUCGGCCUCGUCGGCCUCUUCGCCAUCAUCCUCUACAGCCACAAGUCAAACGCAUUCGUCAGAAUCACCGUCGGUUUGGCUCUCUUCGUUGUUUCCUUGCUCGUUGUUCCUCUUCUUGACGCCUUCUAUGUUAAGGGUCGGGUCGGGGUAUAUGCCGGGUUUUACGUUACGGUUGGGGCUGUCGGGCUUUCCGGUGUGGCGGAUGCGUUGGUUCAGGGGUCCAUUGUUGGCUCCGCCGGUGAGCUGCCGGAGAGGUAUAUGCAAGCUGUCAUUGCUGGCACUGCUGGUUCCGGGGUACUUGUUUCUGUCCUGAGGAUUUUCACGAAAGCUGUUUACUCACAAGAUGCCUCUGGUCUACGAAAGAGUGCGAAUCUCUACUUUUCUGUAUCGAUUGUGGUCAUGUUCGUAUGCAUGGUUUUCUACAACGUGGUUGACAAGCUUCCUGUUAUGCAGUACUACAAGGAGCUUAAGAUGCAGACUGUCACCAGGAAUGAAGACAGCGUUCAGUUGACCGGAUCUGUGUGGAGGUCAACUGUAUGGGAUGUUGUUGGAAGAAUCAAGUGGUAUGGAUUCGGCAUUGUUCUCAUAUAUUUAGUGACUCUUGCAAUUUUUCCCGGUUACAUAACAGAGGAUGUGCACUCUCAGCUUAUCAAGGAUUGGUAUCCCAUUCUCCUCAUUACUUGCUACAAUGUGUUUGAUCUUGUUGGCAAGUCUCUGACUUCUUUGUACCUACUAGAAAAUGGAAACAUUGCCGUAGUUAGUUGCAUAGUGAGAUUGUUGUUCUUCCCUCUCUUCCUAGGGUGCUUGCAUGGUCCAAAGUUCUUCCGCACUGAGAUCCCAGUGACGAUACUGACUAGCCUGUUAGGUCUUACCAAUGGUUACCUGACCAGUGUGUUGAUGAUCUUGGCUCCUAAAAUGGUAAAGUUGCAGCAUGCAGAAACUGCAGGGAUUGUGAGUGUAUUGUUCUUAGUUAUUGGUCUGGCUGCUGGGUCUGUAAUAGCUUGGUUCUGGGUCAUCUGAUUCGAUUUGUAUUAUUUAGGGUAAUAGACUUCACUCAAUCAGAAGUCAGAAAUGGGGUGGAUUUCCUUAACAUGUUAGUUCAACAUGUGAAAAUUUGUACCCACCUUGUCUGUUUAUAAAUAUUUGUCAAAGUUGUGAAAAUUUGUAAACUUACAAAAUUUCAGUUGAAUUGUAUCUGCAGGAUUAUUUUCUGCUUCCUCAA